AUGUAUUACGGUGUAACGAAAGGAACGGGGUCAAACCAAGUCCUGAUCGCUUCGUUCGGCAGAAUGGACUCUGCUUUAUUCAUCAUGAAACUUUGGAAAGAUGCAAGAAUGUUCAUCUUUCCUACCGAAGCCGCUAAGACUAGGUUUGAAAAUGACCUACAAUCGCAUAUGCUAACAUGCGAAGGUCCACAGAGCGUUUCCCGGGUACAAAGAGGCGUAAAGCUACCGUUUGAGUCGCGGGAAGACAUUAAACGCUUCCUGUACACAGGCGAUUUCGACACCAUCGGUGCAAUGAUCGACAAGCAUCCCGUCCUGUUGAUCUCCCAGAUGAACACGCCACGUAGAUAUGGCGGCCUCAAUGCACUCCAAAUCGCGGCCAUGAAGGGAUCUGUCGAACUUUGCCGCAAAAUCCUUACCAACGUUGAAAACCCUUCCUACGUAGCAAAGUUCGAGGGCGGCAUGACGGGCAUGACGUAUGAGAUAAGCGCCAAGCUGGUCGACUUGUAUCUCAACAUGCCGGACCGACGUUGGUAUGAAACGGCGCUUCAUUACGCUGUCAGGUAUGGUCAGCUGGAUGUAGUGAAGCUGCUGGUGUCAUACCCUCAGUGCGAGCAAAAGCGGAACAUCAACGGCCUGUAUCCCAGCGAUAUAAUAUGCCACAAUGCGAAGAGGGACGAAACAAUUUUAAACGGCAUUUCCGCCAUGUUCAUCGAACGCUUCUUUGUCGCAUUGAUUCUUACCGAAGGGGAUUUUCGCGAGCCGUAUGUUGUGAAACCUUUUACAUACAAAAAUUUGCCCGAUAUUAGCCCGGUAGGCAAGUUCAAGUACACUCGCCAUAUUGCUGCAGCAGUUGGCCCGAUGACAAAGCGGGGCGCGGAAGCAUUCUAUAAUCGUUGGCGGAAGAACCCGAGCGUUGCUUGGAUGUCGGCGCAGCCAGAAGCUUGUCUGUCGAAAAAUGUAAAAUUUAGCUCCGUGUAA